UUUGUUCUUUUUUCCCUCCUUCGUUACAGAUCAUUUAACUGGAUAAUAUGAUGUACAGUAUUUGUGUGUUCAAAGCUGCAAACAUAUGUUAGGAUGUGUGUAUCAAGGUAGGGGUUGGUGUGUUGACAAGCUGCACUCUGCAUUGAGAAACGUCCUUAAAAAUAUAAACCUCUUUCUUCAUAUUCAUUAAAUGGGGUGCAAAAUACACGCUUUAUGCCGUAAAUACAUUCUGCAUACACACGUACAUUUUCCAGUAGUUAAUUACAUAGCUGUAGUAAGACUAAGAAAACAAACAUCCUUAAACACUGACUUGCAUAUCUGUAAUGCUACUGUUCAAGAGAUUGAUACUGCUGAGUACUGUUAAAUUCUCGCCAAUAAAUCGCUUCUGAAAUGCAACAGCUUCUUGAUUUAAGCUUUUUUUGUCUGGUGAUCACAAAUGCCAAAAUCUUUGCAUCAUUAUUUAGAAGAAAUAAUUGGCAAUGUUUUUAUUUCCAACCAAACCGCUAGAGGGAGGUGUUCCGUAAAAGUGUUGUCUUCUUCACUGGCUCUGACAUGAUUACGUAUUCACAACAAACUUGAAGCUGUACACAAGAGUGUUGACAGUCACGUAUGGUUUUGGUUUGAUUUCAUCUCCGCUCGUGAUGUUUUCUUCGCUUUAAAUCAGAACUCCGAAGCCCUGUGCAAUAGUAUUUUAAACGUUUAGAAGCUAACCUUUACAGUGUGGUUAUAUGUUUCGGCAGCAGAGUCUCUAGCGAAGCUAGUUUUGGUGUUGGUGUUGCAGCUGUUCCGUCUUUUGACUAUGCCUCAGGAAUCUCAGGAGGUGGUGACGCGGCCGGUGCCCUUUAUCCGAUCGCAAGAUUCCCGGAGACCGGUCAACGUGGUGUUCUGUAACCGCAGUACCCGCGUCGUGAAGCCGAUCUGGAUCAACUUUCUUGGGGAGCCGCAGCCCUACGAAGAUAUUCAGCCUUACACCGGGCGAAGAAUGACAACGUAUUUUGGACACCCAUGGAUAUUUCGGGAUGCAGAAACUGACGAUCCAAUGUUAGUGAAUAAGAAAGUGAUGUACUGUCUACCCUCCCUUCAAAAUAGACAUGACCACAUUGCCAACAUCACAUUGCCUGUCUUGACUCUUCGAGAGCGCUCUCUGCAAGUUGUGAGGCGGUUGGUGCGGAAAGAAGAUAUCUGUCGGUUGGAGAUAGCUCGCUGUCUACAAGAAGACCUUGCUCGGAGCCCCAACGUUCACGCCGAUAUACGACGCCUCAACCAGCAAGUACGACAAGAGAUACUGGGAGAGUAAAACAUGAAAAUCUGAGCAUCCCAGUGCACAGCCCCGGUUAAAACUGACAAUAUGAUCUGGCGCUGUGAAAUACAGUGUUGACAAACAUGAAAUCAGGAGGAGUCACUUUCUACUUUAAACACAGGCAUGUAUCGGAAAUACACAAGUGCAAUGCUUACAAGUUUUUGAGGCUUCAAUGAUGAAUGUGAGUACUAUAAGAAAGAACUUUGUAAAAUGCUGAAGCUGCAGCUGUGAGCAAUAUUUUGUUUUUGUUUUAUAGUUCUCUGUAUACUUUUACCUUUUCAAAACUAACAUUUGUCAAAAAUCCUCUUUGCAAACAAAAAUAAAAAUCAAUAGUGAAUACGCUAUAUAAAAUAUCUGUGUGA